AUGAAUACAGAGUACUUUGAAUUGACCAUUUUGGGAACAAGUGGAGGUCCUGUUGAGGGUGCAAACUGUUCCCUUUUGAUAGGACGAAUCUCGGAACAAUUAGACUCCCCAACGGAUCAUGUCUGCAUUGAUGCUGGAACGGGCAUAAAGGGUUUAAAUGAUAUACUAAAUUAUUAUAACCAGUUCGAGUCUGCGAAGGAUGUCAAGUCAAAGUUUUUGAACACGCAAAACUAUUUUUCCGGGUCGUUUUACCCCAAUUGUCCCUCCGUGGCUGCCUAUCACUCCAACACAGAUUCUAUUGUCUUCCCCAACUCUCUACAACGAUACCAAAAGAAAUCAAAGGGUACGAACCUGCAGAUUGCCGAUGCAUUCAUGAACUUGCAAAUUUCCACCUAUCUAAUCACCCAUUGUCACCUGGACCACGUUGCUGGUCUCAUAAUUAACGCACCUAUGUUCUACAGUGAGGUCCAUCCCCACAGAUUGCGUAAGAUAUACGGCGGAAAAUUCAUUGUGGGCCAAUUGCAUUCCUUUAUCUUCAAUAACCAUGUCUGGCCUGACCUUUCAGAAGUUGCAAAACCAAUCAUUGAGUUUUGCAGCCUGGAUGCUGACAAUCGAUCGUGGGUAAAGCUGAAUGAGCAUAUGGAGUUUGUAUUGUUCCCCGUUGCGCAUGGAACUAUUGAAAACCAUUCAGCGGAGCCUAUUGUCUACCAUUCUUCAGCGUUUUUGCUGAACAUGAGAAAGUCUCAGAAGAAACUGUUGGUUUUUGGUGAUAUGGAGAGUGAUUUAACAUCCAACACAUUUUAUUUGCAAUCUCUUUGGACUUUUAUUUGUCCCUAUUUUCACCAAUUGAGUGGAAUAGUCCUGGAAUGCUCAACUAAGAAUAUGCCCUCAGAUAAGCCACUAUAUGGUCACCUCACACCUCAUUACGUUAUAAGCGAGAUGAUCAGAUUCCAGGAAAUUAUCCAGAAGUAUAACCCUGAGCUGACACUGAAAGGCUUAAACUUGGUGAUAACACAUGUAAAAGAAACAAUGACAGAAGAUGAUCCUAGAAUAAGCAUUCUGGAACAACUAGAACUACUAAAUGAUAAGCACAAAUUGGGGCUGGUAUUCUCCAUAGCACUUCCAGGUGUAUCUUACAAAUUCUAA